UCGCACCAAAAAAUCCAUGCCGGGUGCACAUUUUGCACAACAAUCAAGCAAACAAAAAGUGUGAGAUUGUUUUGAUCCAGAAAACGUAAAAACGAAAGUGGGCUUAUCUUAUCGCCAUCAACUUAUCCAAUGAACGCAUCUCUGCCCGUCGAAACAAUUAAUAUUACGGCGACGACCCCACUCUCACCUUCGCUCUUAUCCGGUCGUCGAUCACCUGCCCUUCUCCCAUCCCUCCCACUCGGUCCUUGUCUCACGACUUGGACACCGGACCAUCUCAUCGCAUCGUCCUUAUCAUCAAAACUCGUCUCUGUCCAUUCCUCGUCCUCCCCACGGCUUAACUUUAUCUCCAAAAACUUUACCUACGAGCGCAUCUCGUUCGCCCAACUUGUCGCCAACUGCUGUAGCUCGUCGAAUACGUUCUGGUACCUGCGUUCGCUCGGGGAUACGUCACAUUCUCGUUCCGACCUAGCCACCCAUUUCCCCUCGUUAGCGGCAGAGCUCGAUAUUCCCCCACUUUUUUCCCCGGAGACAUUUUUCUCCUCCGUGUUUCGCAUUUCGUCUCCCUCUCUAGAACUUUGGACGCAUUACGACACCUUGGAUAACGUUCUUAUCCAAGUCAGAGGGUCAAAGAGGGUCGUCCUUUUCCCACCGAGGGACGCAGACAAGUUGUACUUGGUGGGGGACAAGACCUCCGUUGUGGAUUGGGAGGCGGACGAUUUGUUAGAAAAGUAUCCGAAACUUAGAGAGGUGACCAAGUACGAGGUUAUUCUUCAACCGGGUGACGUCCUUUUCAUUCCAGCGCUCUGGUUCCACUCGAUAACAGCGAUCGAUUUUUCCAUCUCGGUCAACCUCUUUUGGAAAAAUUUGGACGGGGAGCAGUUCUACGAUAAGAAGGAUACGUACGGAAACAGGGACCUCAUCCCCGCGCAGCUCGCGUUUAAAACGUUUGAAAAGGCGACGGCUCAAUUAAAACAACUACCACCGGACUACGAGGAUUUCUACUUGCGUCGUAUGAUCAUCAAUAUUCAAAAGAGAUUGGAUACGUUAAAAUCUGAGGAGGACAAUCAAAAUAGUGACGACAGGGAAUAAAUAUAUCAGAAAUUUCGGCCAAAACCAACAUCAUCAUGUCAUCGUCCCAAAACUCUUCUUGUAGUGAAAAUAAUGAUUUGAAGAAGACGCAUCCCGGCCAGUAUUGGCGUGAAAUGAAAGAACGAUGUCGCACUUUCCUCACGCGGAAUUGUAUCCCACAAUUCGUCGCUGUCUUGGACGACAACACCUUCAACAAGGCCCACUACGCCAUCAAGGUUGAUUACUUGACCCUGUUCGGAGAUGCUCCCUUCGUUGGGCAAGCCCUUCUCCAGACUCCUCUCAAACUUUUAGACAUUUUUGACGCCGCGGCACGACGAGUUCUCACCGAAACUUUUAAAUCGCGUGACCCUCCCCCUGAGACUUGCAUCCCAUCGCCCAAGCUCAACCUACACGUGCGGAUCCACUCGCUCCCCAUCUGCAAAACCCUGACACGCUCAGUCUUCCCAUCGGCCAAGGAAUCUGGGGACUUUCUCUGCCUCUACGGAUCCGUCAUCCGCGCAGGGACCAACAAAAUCCUCGAAUACGCUCAGUGGUUCGAGUGCUCACGGUGCAAACAACUUACACGCGUUGAGGCUCCUCCUUCCAGAAAUUAUGCGUACCCAAAGACCGCUUUGUGCCCCAAUCUCUGUCCCAACGCGAAGGUCACCCCGGUCAAAGAGGGCACCGUCGACCAGGCUGAGCCCGUCCACAAAAAAUACCGUGACUACCAAGAGAUCAUACUGCAGGAACAAAUUCACAAAACGGAGUGCGGUGCGGUACCCAAAGUUAUUGAUGUCGUAUUGGAAGACGAUCUAGUCAAUGCGACCAAACCAGGGGACGACGUGACCAUAACGGGCCACCUUUACCUUCGCUGGAAAUCGGUCAAGGAUGGGCUCCGAGCAAAACCUCAGCUCGUCUUUAAAGCCAAUCACGUCCAGGUGAACAAUGAUCAGCGCGCCUCCCUCGUUUUGUCUGAUGAUAUGCGCGCCUUCUUCACCAGUUUUUGGGACUAUUAUAAGGACAGCCCGUUCGAAGGGAGGAACAUAAUCAUUUCGUCAUUCUGUCCCCAAAUUUAUGGCAUGUACAUUGUAAAGUUGGCCUUGUGCAUGGUGCUGGCUGGGGGAGUGUCAAAGACCGUGAGUGGGAGUCGGAUUCGUGGCCAGUGUCACAUGUUGAUGGUGGGUGACCCUGGCACGGGCAAGUCACAACUGCUCAAGUACGCCGCCAAGAUUAGCCCACGUUCCGUCCUCACCACCGGAGUGGGAACCUCUUCUGCUGGAUUGACCGUGUCUGCGUCCAAAGACAAGGGGGAGUGGCACUUGGAGGCGGGGGCAUUAGUCUUGUCGGACGGUGGGGUUUGUUGUAUCGACGAAUUUUCGUGCAUCAAGGAGCACGACCGCACCUCCAUCCACGAAGCGAUGGAACAACAGUCCAUCAGCAUCGCAAAGGCCGGGAUUGUGAACAAGCUCAAGACGCGCGUCACUGUUCUGGCGGCGACCAACCCGAAAGGCAAAUACGACCCGGAACAUCCCCUCCAUCUCAAUAUUGGAAUCGCGUCCCCGCUCUUGUCCCGCUUUGAUAUCGUCAUGGUCCUUACAGACGCGGAGAAUGACGACUGGGACGAGUUCAUCACGGAUUUUGUUCUGUUCGGGCAGGAAAAAUUGAACACUGCGCUGCAAUCCGCCAGUGAUUCGUGGGACAUGGACAGAUUGCAGACGUACUUGGUCAUGGUCAAGGAACUUUCUCCCAUCCUGGGAGAGGAUGCGGCCGAGGUUCUCCACUGCUACUACAUGUACCAACGUGGUCUUGUUGAUCGUGACAAGUCCCGCACGAGCGUUCGUCUUCUUGAAAGCCUCCGCCGUUUGUCAGAAGGUCACGCGAAGCUCAUGUGUCGAACCACGGUUACCAUUCAUGACGCGAUUACAGCUAUCGCACUCACUGAGGCGUCUAUGCAAUCCUCCACGAUGGUGGGACCCACAUCCGGACUGCACACUGCAUUCCCUGUUGACGCUAUGCAAGAGUAUGAAGAGCAGGCUCGUUUGAUUCUGUCCAUUUUGGACCUGCCCCACCUCUGGGAGAAAGAAAGUGCUGUUCUAGCCCAACUCAGGAUGAAAAACGCGGAACGAAAGCCUAAUGGAUUCUCAUUGUCGCAACAACGUCCCUCCACCUUUGCAAAGGCUACCGCUGCUGUUCCUGCUCCUCUGAUAUGCAAGUCUUCCUCUAUUCGGUCUCAUCCCCCACAAGCAGUUUUAGCACCCCCACCACAAAUUCUUAACCAAACAGAAGAAAAAACUCCCGACCAAGAAGAACCACCACCACCUUCUUCCCCACCAAAGAAACGAGCUCGUCACAACUCUACUUCAUCGUCUCGAUCAUCAUCCCCUUGCCCGUUCGAUGACGAGUUUUCCUUCUUUUUGAAAAACAACAACCUUGGUGGUGGAACAAAAAGCGACAAUAUAUUCGGCGACGACAAUGACGAGAACUUAGAGAACGAAUCAAGGGACUCUACUCCUCCUAAAACCACAAAGUUGCCACCAAUCGGUCCCACACCGAAAAACAAACAAAAAACCAACAAUUCUCCACAACCACGACAAAAUUCCAGCAAACGGAAAAAUUCGGACCCAUCCAUUCCAGACUGUGCCACCCCCGCCUCCGCCUCUCGAGAACGGGUGCUCAACAAACUCGGUAAAUUCAAGAGACGACGCCCCCUCGUCAUCAGCGACGACGAGGAUGACGACUAGUAUUGAUGUCAAUGUCGAUGUUUUUUUUUGUGAUAAGCUACACACGACCUCCAUUUUUUAUUACUAUAUGAAUUACCAGUGUUUCUCCAAUGUUUAAAAUCAAAUUCUUCAAAGAAAAUUAAAAAUCUGUUUAUUCCAAAAUUUCUCUCGCUCGUUCGCUCCUCACUCUCACUCUGUCAAGUAACCUAAGUUUAAUUGCUUACUUAAUUCAAUCGAUAACAUGUAAUAACCUUUUCACAAGUUUAAAUAAAUACUAGAAGAAGAACGAAGAAGGGCGAUCAGGGAUCAAUAAUUAAUUAAUUAUUGAAACACAGCACAGCUCGGAGUGUAGUAGUUUAUCACGGACCGAUUAUUAUCGAUCCGGUAUUCAUUACAAAUCUAAAUUAAAGCUAUGUAUGUACCUUCGGUUUGAUUUUCAACCUUAAUUUUGCACAUUGAUUAAAUUCUUAGUUACAGAGUCCCUUACAUUUUAACUAUCCACAUAUAAAUCCCAUGCAUCAUUUACACCACAAAUACUAGACCAUGGUUGAGUGGGGGGCUGUAUUUACAGGGAAUGACGACAAGUACUUAGCAUUAA